UACGCGAGCCCCAUACAUUCUACCCCGUGUGCACGUCGACCCGGAUUUUCGUGGCAUCCUUGUGGUUCUCCUCCGUCAUCCUCACCAUGGCUUAUUCGUCCCACCUGACGGCCUUCCUCACUAUCAGGACGAGGCCGGACGUCCUCAAGACCUUCAAGGAACUAUAUGAAGCCAACAUCGACGUUUCCAGCAUUGGCGAGUUCUUCAACAUCUCUAUGGCGGCCACCGGGAACUAUCAUCUUCAGAGCCUGACUAAACGUUAUUUCAUAUCCAAAAACGUGGACGAGGCUUUGGUGCAAGUGAAGCUCGGGAGAACAGCUAUGAUAGCAGGUCGAAAGUCCUUAGAAUAUCUCAUCAGCACGCAGUUUUCAUCUUCCGGGGAGCCCACCAUGAGAGUGAUGAAGGAGUGCUUCGCCCCUUACAGCGUAGGCGUGACUCUUCAGCGGCACACGCCCCUGAAGAGGAACAUUAACCUGGCCCUCGAGAGGAUGGUCGAGAGCGGCCUCGUCACCCGCUGGUUCUCCGAAGCCCUCUCGCGCCACCGGAGGUCAACUGAAGUGGACACCGACCAAACGGACGCCGACGAAAGAAAUCACGUAACCCCGCUCAACAUACACCACAUGCAAGGCGUUUUCCUCAUCCUGAUCUUCGGUUACGUCGCAUCCACCGUCGUCUUUGUGAUCGAGGUCCUGCGAGAUAAAAAUGCGCCGUGAGAGACCGAAGAGCGACUUGGAUCACUCCGAUUGAGGGAUUUGUCGAUUUAUGUGUUUAUAUGUUUUAUCAAUUUAUUUGUU